AUGGUUGCGACCAACAAAGAGCGAGAAGAAACGAUAACAGUGAGGACGAAGGAAGAAAAGAAGAAUAAGGGAAAGAAAAUCCGGAAAGUGAAAAUUUCCGGAAAAAUACCAACAAAAGUGAAGAAUGUAGUUCCAUCAACGAGUUCCAGCACAAAUGACAAAGUGCCGGUUUUAUGCAACACCUAUUAUAACUCUUUGCAAACGUUGCGCUAUGGAAUCAAUGAAAAAUUCAAUUCAGAAAGGCAUCUGUUUUUAAAGAAAGAUCCUACAAACCAGUUUUCAUUAAUUAUUACCAAUAUACCUCCAUAUAUCACUCCGAUUGCAUUAGGACGAAUUUUGGCUGAACUCGGUUCUGGUAGACCGGAAGAAAUAAUUGCACAACGUGGUACAGCGGCCAGUGAUAAGAUUACGGAGGGUUUUUACACGGCAUCUGCUCGUUUGAAAACGGAAACUGCUGUUGAACAAGCGCUACAGAAUUGUGAUAAUAUUCCAUUCCUUUCUUUAAGCAAUAUCGAUAUUAAACUGACACAAAAUGGAGCAACAAAAUCGUGCGAUGAAUAUCACAAUUCCUUCCGAACAAUGGCACAAUUACAGGAAAGUGUGAAUUCGUACAUUGAAAAGCAUGACACCAAGAUUCUGGAAGAAAAACGGAAAGCGAAGAAGAUGGCUAAUGUUCCAGAUGAGGAUGGAUGGAUAACUGUUACAAAAUCACAUUACAAGCCUGUACCGAGCGCUAUUGUUGUGAAGAACAAGGAGGAUUUGCUUAAAUUGUCAAAGAAGAAAAAGCGCGUGGAAGAAAGCAUCGCUUUCUAUUCAUUCCAAUUGAAACAGUCAAAAUUGAGACAUCUUGAAGAAUUGAGAAGAAAAUUUGCUGAAGACAAGAAAAAGCUGGCAAUUGCAAAAGCGGCAAGGAAAUUCCGCCCAUUGUGA